AUCAGGUAUACACAGUUCCCACAAGCCAAAUGAAAGGUUUGGCUUAAUGAAUGAGUCCCUUGCUAUUAUUCAUCGUUCAGUAGUAGACAGUCCAAACUCGUAUGCCGCGAUAGUGGUGCAAUACCUUACCGUGCAAGCAAGGGAGAAACUCACCUACUUUGCGACAUCCCUCACCUCGCCUCAAUAUUCCUACAUAAACCCCGCCAUCCCCCACAACAGCAACGAUGGCUCCCAAGGGCAAGCAACAAUCCCAGAAGCAAGCGGCGUCAAAACAGCCUCAACCGACUGAGUACAAGACUAUAGGUGAAAAGCGACGUGCUGAAUAUCUUGCCUCGAGAGCUCUACAGGUUCUCCACGAUACGAAAGGCUGGGACGGGCUCACGGCCGCCGAAAAGACUGCAUACUCCACCUUCGCCCUGCUCGAAUCCGAGGCCUACACGACCUGGAGCGCACCACUCCAAAAGGACUUUCUCAAGCUCGUUGACCAGCUCAAGAUCCAGCAACCACUGCCGGAGCCAUACCCGCUAGGCAAAGACAGGAGGGGAAAUAAUAUCGAGGAUUACACGCUCCCGCAGUACGAAGCGUGGAAGGACGACGAGGAGAAACUGAGGAUACUGAAAUGGGAGAGUGAGACCUUUAGAGAGAAGUGGGCGAAGCAGCAUUACAAACCCAGUACGGAGCCCAGUAGCGCCGACGCGGAGUAUAUCAAGAAGUGCAUCUGGGAGCCGGAGACUACGGAUUUGGAUUUUGAGAAGGUGGAUGAGGAGACAAGGCGCCCUUUGACGGAAGAAGAUAGGCUGCACGAGCAGAAGCGGAGAGCUGAGAUUGUGAAAAUGGAGUCGGGAAAGCAGGUUGGGAGAUAUGAGGGGGAUCCUACUUGGGAUGAUGUGACGCCCAUUCCACAGGACGAUGGGAAGAACCCAUUAGCAGCUAUUGCCUACACCGACGAGUACGCGGAAGCUAUAUCUUACCUCCGCGCCGUCAUGGCAUCCAAAGAGCACUCCCCGCGAGCUCUAGCACUAACAUCCCACAUCAUCAGCCUCAACCCCGCCCACUACACCGUCUGGCUCUACCGCGCCAGCACGCUCUUCGCGCUCACCUUCGUCCUCUCCGACGAACUCGCGUGGCUCAACGAGGUCGCCCUCAACAACCAGAAGAACUACCAGAUCUGGCACCACCGCCAGCUCCUGAUUGAUAACCUGUACCCGACCAUCUCCGCAUCGCGCGAGAAGGUUCUAGAGCUGGCGGAGUCGGAGAUGACGUUUCUGACGCAGAUGUUCGCGGAGGAUAGCAAGAAUUACCAUGUUUGGAGUUAUCGCCAAUACCUCGUCCGCAAGCUCGAUUUAUUCCCCAGCCAGUGCGAGGACCCCUCUGAGCUCAGGGCGGUGGAGAAGUUGAUCGAGGAGGAUGUGAGGAAUAACUCCGCCUGGUCGCACCGGUUCUUCCUCGUCUUCUCGGACCCGGGGAACUCGACACAGGGGUCGAAGGCGACGGAGGUAGACCCGAAAAUCCCGGCUGAGAUACUCGAUCGCGAGAUCAGGGUCGCGGAAAACGCGAUCUAUCUCGCGCCGCAGAACCAGAGUCCGUGGAACUUUCUAAGGGGGGUGUUGAGGAAGGGGGGGAGGGAGUUAAAGUCUGAGGAGGGGUUUGCGGGGGAGUUUGUUAAACUUGGAGACGGGGAGGGGGAGGAGGUGAGGAGCUCGCAUGCGUUGGAUUUUUUGGCCGAUGUGUGGGUUGAGAAAGGGGAGGCGGAGAGGGCGGAUGCGGCGUUGAGGUUGUUGGGGGAGAAGUAUGAUGGGGUGAGGAGGAAUUAUUGGGAGUGGAGGCGGGCGGCUUUGGGUGAGGCCAAGGCAUAGGUUAUGUCCUCGAGAGGUUCAACAUGGCAUGGUUGAUGACUGGGGCGUUAAAGAUAUGUUAUUGUUAACAGCUGAAAUUGAGAACGAUGGUUUGGAAUAAGUUGAGAUUUGGGUUUCAUUGAGAUUAAGUGAAAUUGAUUGAAUUGGGU